AGUGACGACUGUGGCCACGAGCGUGACGAACGGCUUGUUCGAAAAUACAACAAGGAAGUGACCGUUUAUUGAGAAGGAAAAUAAUCACCAGAGGAAACAUCUCUGCAAAUCGGGGGUCGCUUCGCUCGGUUGUUGGGUGUCGGGGUGGGGUAAAGUCACCGUGGACUUGCCCGAGAGCCCGUUUGUGACCGUCUCGAGGGAUUCUGCUUUUAGCCAGCUAGCUAGCUAGCGAUGAACACGGACGUGGAAUUUCACAUCAGGCAGAAUUAUCCGUGGAACAAACUCCCCGCUAACGUCAAACAGAGUUUGGGGAACUCUCAGCGCGAGUAUGAGAAGCAUGUGCUGCUGUACAGCAUCCGCAACCAGCUGCGAUUCCGCAAUAACCUAGUGCGCCACGUGAGGAAGGAUGAGCGCAAGUACUAUGAGGAGCUCCUGAAGUACAGCCGGGACCACCUGAUGCUGUACCCAUACCACCUGUCUGACAUCAUGGUCAAAGGGCUGCGAGUCACUCCGUUCUCAUAUUACAUAGGAAUCAUGGAGGAUAUUAUGAACAGUGAGAAGAGUUACGACUCCUUGCCCAACUUCACUGCUGCUGACUGUCUGCGGCUGCUUGGCAUUGGGAGAAACCAGUACAUCGACCUGAUGAACCAGUGCAGAUCCUCCAAAAAAUUCUUCCGCAGGAAAUCGGCGCGGGACCUGCUACCGGCCAAACCUGUAGAGAUCUCUGUGGAGCCAUGGUGGGUUGCACAGACAGGCUACAUCACCGAGGACGAUAUCAGGAUCUGUUCUCCAGCAGAGAAGAAAGCCAUAGAUAAGAUGAUAGAUUCUGGUCCUCAGCUGGCUGGUACAAUGGAGUACAAUGUAGUGUUAAGCUUGUACAACCGGGGCUUCAUUUACUUGGAUGUUCCCAUAUCUGAUGACAGCUGCAUCUCAGUGCCCCCGCUGGAAGGCUUUGUCAUGAACCGGGUCCAGGGCGAUUACUUUGAAACGCUUCUCUACAAAAUCUUUGUGUCCAUUGAUGAGCAGACAAACGUAGCGGAGCUGGCGAAUGUGUUGGAGAUUGACUUGGACUUAGUGAAGAAUGCAGUGUCCAUGUACUGUCGCCUCGGCUUUGCUGUAAAGAAAGGUCAGGUGUUCAGCUCAGACCAGCUCCACCCGACCUGGAAGAACGCUCCAUCUGUCAACAGACUCAAGAGCACCAUGGACCCUCAGAAGAUGCUGCUGUCCUGGGAGCAGGGCAGUCCUGUCAUGGAGGGAGGCUCCUCUGCCACCGACACCGACACCACCAGUCUGGAGGACCAAGCAGACACAGCCAGCGUCAGCAGCCUGAGCAUCCCAGCUGCACCCACCAAGAGGAUCGCCUUCCUCUUUGACUCCACCCUUACAGCCUUCCUUAUGAUGGGCAACCUGUCUCCGAACCUGAAGAGUCACGCGGUGACCAUGUUUGAAGUGGGUAAGCUGUCUGAUGAGACUCUGGACAGCUUCCUGGCUGAGUUGGAGAAGGUGGAGAGCACAGCAGAGGGCGAGGCACAGCGUUACUUUGACCACGCUCUGACCCUGAAAAACACCAUCCUCUUCCUGCGCUACAACAAAGAACUCACUCAGGACCAAGGACCUGAUAUCCCAAAUAUAGGAUUCCCCUUGGACAUGUUGCGCUGUGAGAGCCUGCUGGGUCUGGACCAGGCCACCUGCAGCCGCGUCCUCAACAAGAACUACAAGCUGCUGGUGUCGAUGGCGCCGCUCAGCAACGAGAUCAGACCCAUCAGCAGCUGCACGCCUCAGCACAUUGGCCCGGCCAUCCCUGAGGUGAGCUCCAUCUGGUUCAAGCUCUACCUGUACCACGUGACCGGCCAAGGCCCGCCGUCUCUGCUGCUCUCCAAAGGCUCCAGGCUCCGCAAACUGCCGCUCAUAUUCCAGGUGUAUGACAGGUUGUUGAUCACUUCCUGGGGUCAUGACCCUGGAGUCGUCCCUACGUCAAACGUGCUGACCAUGCUCAAUGAUGCUCUCACACACUCUGCUGUCCUCAUCCAGGGUCAUGGUAUGCAUGGCCAUGGAGAAACGGUUCACAUCCCGUUCCCUUUCGAUGAAGAGGAUCUGAAGGGGGAGUUCUCCUGCUCCAACAUGUGUGUGCACAAAGCGCUGCAGAAGCUGAAGGAACAGGUGGACCUGGAGCACCAGUGUGGCUACAUCACCAUGCUCAACUCCAACAACAGGCACCGUCGCAGGGCCAGCGACAGUGCCGAGUGCAGAGGAGACACUCACCUAGGUGGAGGCCUGGACACCAAUGGCAGCACUGAGUCCUUUGAGCUUGUGACAGAGGAGAAUAAUGGGGCAGGCAAAGGAAAGACUGACACCCUUUCAUCUGAAGAUGAAUGGGUCCCCCUCGAACUGUGCUUCGGCAUGCCUCUCUUCAGCUCCGAGCUCAACCGCAAAGUGUGUCGAAAAAUCGCCUCGCACAAGCUCUGCAGCAACGAAAGCCUUCAAGAACUACUUCACUCAAGCCGAAAGCUGUCGCUGAAGGUGUUGAGCUUUGUUCAGUCAUUCCAGGACGGCAGCCAGCCCUCUGACCUGGACAGCGGCGUGUCGAACCCUCUCAGUCAGCCCCCGGCGGAGUCCGGUGUCCCCCUGCCCGCCCUUAACCUCCUCUUCAAGGACGGACAGCUGAGGGAAUGGAGCGGACGGGCCCCUCCUGCUCUGGACAUCUCAGCCCUGCAGAAGGACCAACCCACAUAAACCAACCACCCCCUCCCCACCACCACCACCCCAAGAUUUGGUCACGAAGAAAAAAAACAACAUCUCCUUGAAAAGGACCACCCUCUCUUGCAGCGUCGCGUCUCUUUGAGGAAAUUGUUACUCGAGGGUCGACCCUACAUCUUCAUAUGCGACCACAAGGAAACACUUCAUAAAACUUUGCCCUCUCUUGUUCAUCAGUAUCCAAUCACGGGAAAAUUAGCCCCGCCAGCACUUUGUCAUUUACCUACUUUAUGAGGAAUCAUCCUUGCCAACACUAGUUUGACCCCCCCCCUCCCCCCGACGCUUCCCUCUGUGAUUCCUCGUAUUCGUAGCAAGGCAGUGUUAUCUGUUGGAGUGGUGCUAUUAUCACACUAUAUAAAAGUGAUGCAGGUAAACAUCAUAUAACCUGGAAGACCAUUUAACUGGAACACAAGUGCUGUUCUCUACUGACUCCCCCUCCCCCCUCCCCCCUCCCCUCCAACCUUUCAAUCAAUGGAUGUUUUGUGAUCUUUGAGAGCGGAGUGUAAAGUGGUUAAUAUUGUAUAGAUGUUCUAAAAAUGACCCACAAAAUAAACAAUGAAGUGUUGAACAGACUUCUUCAGGAAUCAAUUGGUGAUAUGCAUAUUCUAGGACCAAGUUAUUUGGACUUGCCAGUCAAAGGAGAGUCUAAAUACAGACUCUCCCGCUGCCUCCCUGUGUUGUCUCAUGUUAAGUGAUCUGAUGCAUGAUACCGUUGCACAACCUGUACCAUAAAAAAAUACUUCACUCUUGUAAUCAAUAUUGGGCAUUUUUUUUUUUUUUUAUUUGCACUUUGCAGGAUUUCACCAAACCUGGGGAUGAAGAAAUGACAUUUAUUUUUUUGUUUUUAAACAAGGGAUCUCUACUAGUGCGCACAUGAUUUUAGAGCUCACGUCUACCACAAGGAAGUGUUUCCUCUUGGAAACUCAGACACACUAAAAAUCGACGGGGGCGUCAGCGAAACUGCUGUUUUUUUUAUGCUUUGUUAUCAUUCUUUCUCAGUGCAAGAGAACACCAAAGACCAAUUUUUCUCCCUGUAAAAUAUUUUAUUUCACUUCCGUUUUACUGUCCUUCCUUUUCAUUUUGUUGCCUUAUUACUGUCAGCCAAUCAGAAACUACCAGGUCUCGGCUCAAAUCAGCUGAUUUAAUUAGAUGUUUUUGGUUUUUUUUUUAGGUUUUUGCAAAUUUAAUGAUUUAAAAUGAUUUAUGUGAUUUUCAUUGAGUGUAUAUAACAAAUACAAUCAACAGCAUUGGGUCACAAACUACCAACCAUGACCCCUGCUCGAGAGGCUGGCAAGAUUAACCAAGUGUAACUAACGGGACUGAAUGGGAACAGUCAGGUCUGUGUGUUUGACCCAGGCCUGUUGCCGCUGUUGCCUGCCAGUAUCUCUCCCUGGAUCGACUCCAGUUUGUGUGCAGUGCAGUGCAGUGCACUCUUGGCUAUCCCCGCAACACUCUCCAGGGGAUUCUGUUUACAUCAUGUUUUCAAAAAAUGGGGUUUGUAGUCGAGAGAGAAGAAGUCGACUCCGCUGUGAAGGCUGUCACAGACCCAAGGGAUGGAACUGCUAAUGCUUUGCCCAGCUUCGCAGAGAUGUAAUGGCCCAAAAAGUGUCUGAAGUCUGUCAUGAAUUUUCAGUGUGGUUCCAAGAAUAUAAAGUACUUUAUAUUGCAUAAAGAAUGGUAACCCAUUUAGUUUUGUUUUUUUUGUUGGUUUUUUCUUUUUGAUUUUGGCCUUCUGUAGUUUUUGACCCACUUGUGGUUGUUGUUUCUAAUAACGUGAUGCUGAACUAGAAAAAAAAAAAGACUUAACAUGAGGUCCCAUUGAAGCAUGAUGACUGUGUAGAAACUGUUGUGUGUAUGUUGUGUAUGCGUGUGUAUUGUACACCUUACUAUUGGUGUGUUUUAAUACACGCCUACCUUUCACAAUAAGAGUCCCCACCCCCACCCCCAAUCCUGCCUGUCUGUUAUCUGGUUGCAGUUAUUUGGUCAUCCCAGAUAUCCCCCAUCCUCUCCCAGGUAUACAUCCACCACAGUGUUUCAAAAAAUGCUAGUUUUAUAUGUCAGCCUAUAUUUUAAGAAAUCUUUGUUGUAGCUUGUUUAAUGGGACUGUGAAUAUCAUUGACUGAGUUAAUGAUGAUGCUCUUGAAAUUAAAUGGGGAAAAAAAGAAAAGAAAGUGACAUUCCUUCAACAUGCCCUCCUCUUCCAUUCUUGCUCCAUGUCCGAUCUGCUCAAGAUACAUGUUAUUAUUACAAAUAAAUAUGUAAAAAGUAUAUGAAAAUAUAAAUAAAUAUGUAAUAAGAACAAACUCUUUUUCCUCCCUGAAAAUG